AUGGAUAGUGUAGCCAGUACCAAACCGUAUAAACUACCAUCCAACCUUCGUCCAUACCAUUCAGAAGGUUCUAUUGCAUCACCGCAAACUCCCAAAACACGACUCACUAAUGUCCAAUUCGCAUCACCACGAAUCGAAUCCAAGUACAAGUCUGAGCCAUCUCUAUCUUGCAAGUCACACCCAUUGCUUGAUACACUCAAUGACUGUACUCCUCAUACUUACAAUGAGUUGAUUUUGGCUGCUGAAAUACUGGAAAACAUUGUGAAUGAGGGGACAUUUGUUGGAAGCAUUCGGUCGCGAUAUAAGAUGUUUGGAAAAACACACGAGCCUGAGCAUGCUGGACGAGAAAUGAGCGAUCGGGUGUUAAAGUUAGUAUAUGGAACCAUGAAAUUUUUGCCGUAUGUCGAUCAUAUCCUUGUAAAAACGCAGUUUUUAGUGUUUAAUAAUCAGUUCCUUGACAGCAUUGGUCUAAUAAAAGUACUUCUUUACGAUCUUAUGAAGUACCAUUUUGAUUAUACAAAGUAUCCAGGAAUUCAAUACACACUGCCUUCUUCAACAAAUCCUGCCGAUGCCCUCUACCAAACCUACACAUCCACUACCGUGAAAGAAAUGGAUGAAGCUCUUUGUUCGUUUCAAAUAAAACUAUCUGCAUCCUACGCACGAUUACGUAUCGAGAAGCGAGCAAGUGGAGAUACAUCCCGCGAACAAAUGGAAAACAUCUUGCCUUUGGAUGUAAGAGAGAGAGAAAUGAUGGCUGUGGAUAUGCCCAAAACACUCCGAGUCAAUACGCUAAAAAUCAGUAAAGAAUUGGUCGGACACAUGCUAGAGGAGGAAGGAUACCACGUGUGUUUAAAGUCUUAUUCAGAGAUCCCUGACAAUGUUCACAAAAACAACAAGGGAAAUCUGAUUUGUCUUGAUGAUGAAAUGGACAAUCUAUUUUUAAUUCCACCAAAUCUAUUUGCAGAUAUCAAGGCAGGCCCAUUGGUAAAUAAUGGGUUCCUUAUAUUUCAAGACAAGGCUAGUGUAUAUGGAAUGCAACAUCUCUGUAGUCUUGUUUCCGAGGGUGACCAAAUUAUAGAUGCCCGAGCUGGUUGUGGUAUCAAAGCUGCUUCCCUUUCCACACUCGCAGGAAAAUCGGGCACAGUGUUUGCUUUUGAAAACCGGCCGGGUCGACUAGAAACUCUUAAAUCCAACACCAAGCUGUUUGGCUGCUCCAACGUGUCCAUUAUUGAGGGCGAUUUUGGUUUAUGCGACACUCAAGAUCCUAGAUUUUCCAACGUAACCAUUGUAGUGCUUGAACCACCCAACUCAGGUACAUUGAUUAUAGACAAGCUUGGGUUCAUGUUACAAGAAGAAGAGUUUCCCACAGACCAAUAUUCACAAAAAGAUUUGUACUCUCUUAAACGUCAGCAAAUUGUGCUACUUAAACACGCAUUCAAGUUUCCCAAAGUCAGGGUGGUGAUGUAUAUAAGUCGGUCACAACAUUCGGAAGAAAAUGAAGAGGUUGUGAAUGAGAUCCUCGAUCGUUAUGGUGUAGACUGGGAGCUUUCAUGCGUGUUGCCAAGUAUUACUGUCGAAAAAAUACAUGAUUACGAGAUUGACGAUUGCUUAACAGUGCGUCCUUCCGAGCAGGCAGGAAACGGAAUUUUUGUUGCUUGUUUUCAAAAAAAAGCAGUCCAAGUAGUUGAAGAAACUCCAAAUGAUGAAAUAGAUAAUACAUUCCGCCUAUCAGAACUCAGUAUUGGGGAUGAACAUAUGCAUAAUCGCGACAGUCGAUCAUCUAUCGCAGCGACCAAAGAAAAAAAGAAGCGAAAGAAUGCACUGGGUCAUAAUCGUAAAAUUCGUGUGACUGCCAAUAUCAAAUUACCAAAAGCGCUGAGCGAAUCAGUGGCAAGACUAUCUAUGCCUAGACUGUUUCAACUUGAACAAAAGAAACAAAGGUACGAGCAGUUGGUGCAAAAAAAGCAGCUGUAUGACUUUGGAAAAAAUAAUUUGGAAUCUGCCAUUGGAAACUCGGACGAAACCAUAAAUGACGAGUUGGAAAAUAGAAACGAGUUGGAAUCUGGUCAAAGCAAGCGGAUACAAACCGGGAGUCGUGGGUAUCUAUUUGAUCAGCAGUAUAAUGAUAUUUCAGUUUUUGGAAUGUCACUCUCCAAGUUUUAUGGACCGCGUAUGGAGGCCAUCAAAAAAUUACAAGCAGUGGCAAAUGAUGAUUCCAAAUCCAAGACCAUGGAAAUGAAAAAACCAAUUAUUUCCGCACUAGCCUAUCCUCAAUCAAACCCAGCUCUACAGUGA